AUGCCAGACGAGUGGAUCGAGAAAGGUCUGGUUGCUGAGGCGGCGAAGCAACCAUUCAUGCGGGACAUGGUAUGCAACGGUCCUUACUUCUCCAAGAUACUGCUCAACGCCAUUUACUUUGGCGCCUCUAAAUUCAGCCCCCGUCGAGAAGUCCGAAGGGAUCCCGAUGAUGUUCGCACCGCAGGCUGGGCCUUUCGUGAGCGCGUCCGCAAGCUACUCGGCGACGCGCUCGAUAAGAGUGACAUCACUACGAUACAGGCCUUGCUAGUGAUGACGAAUUCUCUCUUUGCCCUUGGAGACGAAAGAAGCGCUGCUUGGCUAUACGCAGGACUGGCUUUCCGCAUGAUCAUCGAUCUGGGCAUGCAUGUUGAUGCUCCUGGUCUCGGAAUCACGAGGAAGUUCUCUGAUGAGGAUCUCGAAAUAAGAAGGCGAGUCUUUUGGGGUGCUUUUGUUGUCGACAAGAUCCAGAGUCUCUACCAGGGUCGCCCGGCGUCCCUGAAAGAGUCCGAUACCCUAGUUCCUAUAAAGUUCCUCGACACCUUUGAGGAGUUUGAGAACUGGGCACCGUUCGCAUACACUGCCCAGAACAAUGCCUAUCCCGGCUCUCCUGCUUACAGUGUGUCGACGUUUACACAUCUGUGCCGGCUUUCGGUCGUCAUGAGUGAUAUACUGAGUUGCAUAUACACAGAAAGAGCCUUUGACAGGAGUCCCCAGGAGCUUUCUACAAUGCUUGAGAAUCUCAGCUCAAAGCUUGCAACAUGGAAAAGUAGUCUGCCAACGCACCUAGUUUUGGACCCUCAUAGCGAUUUCAAGACCCCGCCACCUCACGUACUUAGCUUACACGCCAUGUUCCACGUCCUCACCAUCCUGCUCCACAGACCAUUUGUCGCCGACGGUCACCUCUACAACACUUCUCGCUCUAUCUCAGUAAACUCGUUCAUGACAUGUGCGUCAGCUGCAAACAGUAUUGUAGACGUUCUACGCACGUACGACAAAGUCUUCUCUGUCAGACAUGCACCCUAUCUCAUAUCGUAUGCCACCUACGUAGCAGCAACCAUUCACGUCCGUAUAGCAGCGAAGCGAAGCCCCGAAUCAGGCGCGAGGGAGCGUUUGGAGACUUGCUUAUCCGUCUUCAGAGAAAAUCAAGAGACCAACUGGGCAGUACGGAGAGCAAAGGCUAUAGUUGAAGGUCUGAUGACGAGACUUGGUGUCAAGGUCACUCAGAACGAGUCCCAGAUCGCUGGCAACUCGGCUUCAAGUACAAACGAGACUACGUUGGAGCUGGAAUCCAGACAGCGCACCGGAAUCAUAAGAAUUGAAGCAACAGGGCAGUCAACAUGUCAUUCAUCUUUGCCCGGAAACGAGUCGCCUUCGAUGGGAUGGUCUGACAUUGACGGGAUCAUUCAAAGUUUCGUUCGGGGGCAAGACUUCCACGCGAGCUCCAUGGAAAUGGAUUCGGAGCCUUACAACCAAGCGUUGCCGUCUUCAAUACUAGGUAGUCAGCAAACUAUUGGCGACUCCAUGGGUGGUAUCAAUAACCACACGCUAGGGCUGCCGGGCGGGGAUGGUGGGAGUGCCUCAGUAGACGAUUUGCUAUUCGGAUUCAAUGGUUCCGCUCUCGACAGUUUCUUCUACUAG